AUGGGUCUACCAUUGUGGCGUGAGCCUGAGCCCGAUGCUACGGCGGCACCGGCGGCGAACCCCCCUAGGCGUUCUCCUUCCGAUCCGGCUAACGCCCGAUCUACGAUUCGUCGAGUGCAUUCACCACGCCGCCAAAACAACAAUUUCAACUACAUUCGUCGAAUGCGCAGUACCCGCGAGCAACGUCUUAGAGAGCUUACUGCCCGCUUCCAUGGCGAUGACGCUAUCAUAACUUCUAGCAAUGCUAGUAAUACCCCUCGCACCGAUGCCACUCGUCGUCUUCCUCCUAUCCCCACAGAUUCGGAUCUACCCUAUAACCCGAACGUUCUUGACAUUGAUAUUGUUCCGCCUCCUGAUGAUGAGGAGCCGGGAGAGGAAGAGCUUAACUCUUCAAUGGAAGAAUUGCUGCGACGAGGUGAUUUCGGAACUCUACCUGAACCAACUGGUCCUACUAGAGUUAGUGAUCGUGUGUUCGCCGCUCUUCACGAGCAAGAUUCCAAUGCACCCAGCAAUCCUCCAGCAGGUAUAGAUCUCCACCGACCCCGAUAUGCUAUUUCGUCGCGUGCCCUGCUGGCUAGAGAUAGCGGUCUAACUUUACCUCCUGCCUGGGGUGCCAUUGUAUCAGACUAUCCUCCAGGUGGUUUCGACGAUAUAAUUUAUCCCCAUCGUGCUCGUCGCCGAUACACCCGCCACACACCCUAUUCUAGCUCUCGAUUACCACCUCGCGUACGAUACAAUAUGGAUGGACUAGGUGAUCGAAACCGAAGCCUUAGCCCUGAGGGAGAUGGCGUAUGGGAUACUCUUCAAUCAACUCUGACGCCGGAUCCGCAACCCCCGAGCGUAGGCUCUUCGUUUGCCUCGAUUGCUGCAUCUCAAAAUUCUCAGAAUCCUACUGCUCCUUCGUCAUACACGACUAUCACAACCCCAGAAGCUGACGUUGAGCCUCCUUGUGACCCAGUCAACGAGACGGACGGCGCCGAAGACAACGACUCGGAUGAGAUACCUUCCUUGUUACCACCCCGACGACCUACUCCUCUUAGCAGACGAUCCUAUGCAGCAGUGGCUUCCGAUGACCCUGAGUGGCUCUCCGGUAUGCAUCGCAUCGUUCGUGGCCUUGCGACCCGUGAAGAUAUUCCAGAUGAGUGGUGGGCAGAAGCUGGUCUUACCCGUUCGAUGUCUUCUUCGUUGGCUUGGGACGAGCUGAACUAG